AUGCUUGUAAAUACAAAUUUUAAUACAUAAUUAUAUACCGGAGAUUUCAUAACAUAAAUAAGAGGGAAAAUAGACAAAGCUAGAGUGUCAUAGCAUUUGUUUUCAAAAUUUUAGUUUUAAUAAUUAAAAAUGCCUUUCGCAACAUUUGAAAAGGUUUAUUUAGUAAGCAGUGAAGAUUCUACACAUUGCGCAUCAAAUUUAUUAAAGAGUAUACCCGGAAAAAAAUGGAAAACUGGUACGAAUGGUGAAAAAUCGGCCUAUAUAAUCUUACAAUUGGCUCAACCUGAAAUUAUUACUGGUGUUGAUAUAGGUAAUGAACAUUCAGCUUUCAUUGAAGUUUUAGUUGGAAAAAAUGGAUGUUCACCUGAAGAUUUUAAAGAACUUGUGCUAACAUCAUCAUUUAUGACACCGAUUGAAUCCAAAAACUCCACCAAUAUUAAUCGUAUUAGAUGUUUUAAUAAAUCUGACGAAUCUUGGAUUCAAAUUAAUGCAGAUGAAAAAUGGAGCUUAAUAAAGUUUAUAUGUACCCAACCUUUUAAUAAACAUGUACAAUACGGAUUAUCUCUAGUGAAAGUCCAUAUUGCUUCAUCUGAAUCAAAAGAAUUGGUUCCGCAAAGAUUUCUAGAUCAACAACAUAAAAUAAUUGGAACGAAAACGAACGAUUCAGAAAUGAAUUCCUCUAAAUUUAUUGGUAACUUUAAACUGCGUGAUAAUUCAGAUGAUGAUGAUGAUGAUGGCAAGUCAACAACAUUGUUUAGUAGAUGGAAAACACAUUCCUUAAGUUCAGAAAUUGAGAGCAAGCAAAAUACAGCCGCCUCAAUCCGUGAUGCUUCUAGGAAUGUUCAACAAAUCGGAUCAGAAAAAAAAAUUAGCUUUAAUAAACAUUCUGAUUCUGCUAAACAUGACCAAAAAGAUUUUACAAUAUUAGAUAGAAAUAGAGAUGAUAUACUGUACAAUAACGAUGACAACAGUUCUAAUGAUAAAUUUGAAAGAAAAAUUGCAUUAGAUAAACAAAAACUUGAAAAGAAUAAUGAAAAAUUUCAAAUAAAUAAAAAAAUCGAGAAGCAUAAUACGAAAACAUCACAUUCCCAACAAGAUUAUUCUAAGCAAAAAAAACAAGGACAACAAAAUAAUUCAUUAUCUUCUAAAAUUUUUAAAGACCUCUUUGAAAAUGAUUCAUCAGAUGAUGAAGUAAUACCUGUUGAUAAGUCACCAGAAUCAGGUUCUUUUAAGACCAGCAAAAACAAAAAAAGACCAUCAGAAGAAUUGAAUUCACCGGAUCCCAAACGAAAAAAGAAUAGUCGUAAUUAUAAGCCGUUCAAUAGAUUAUUGGAUGGUGUUGUUUUAGUUAUUAGUGGAAUUCAAAAUCCUCAUCGGGCCAAUUUAAGAAGUAAAGCUUUAGAGCUUGGAGCUAAAUAUAAACCAGACUGGGAUAACACAUGUACUCAUUUAAUAUGCGCAUUCAAAAAUACACCAAAAUAUAAUCAGGUCAAAGAUAGCGGAGGUAAAAUAGUUAAAAAGUCAUGGAUUGAAAAUUGUUAUAAUCUUAAAAAACGAUUACCCUGGCGAAAGUACGCUCUUAAUUCCGACGAUGAAGCUAAAUCUGAAAGUGAUGAAGAAAUAUUAGAUAUAUCGCUAAAGCCUAAUUCACCAGAAAUUAUCAAAAAAAAUAUCAAACAUUCUCCAGAACCUUCAACGUCGAAAGAUUCGAAAGAAACUAUAAAAACUCCAAACAAAUAUCCUAUUAAAAUAAAAGAAAGUAUUUCAUAUGGAAAUGAUCAUUUAAAGGAAAACUCCGAAAAACACAAAAAAGAAACGCAAAAACCAAUUAUUAAUAUUAUUGAUGAAGACGAUAAAAUUGAAGAUAUUAUUACUGUUGAGGAAAAAACAAAAGAUAUUUAUGAUGUGACUACCGAUGAAGAUGAGUUUACAAAAUCAAAAAAACUUAAACUACAAAAAAAUGGAAACAAUUUUUUUGCAAAUAUGAAAUUUUAUUUGGAACCAAAUUUAAGUGAUGUAGAUAGGAAAAAAUUAACACAUAUGAUUGAAGAAUUUGGUGGUUCUAUAUGUGAGACAACCAAAAGAGUCAAUUAUAUAAUUACAAGUCAACGUGAUAAAUAUUUGAAUUUAAAUAAUUUCAAUGGCGAAAUUGUAAAGCCUCUAUGGAUUUUUGAAUGUAAUGAUAUGGAAUGUUUUAUUCCAACUAAAAGAUAUGUAUAAUGUUAAUUUUUGUUGUAGAUAACAAACAUAUUUUUUAAACUAUUUAAUUUAAAUUUCCAAAAGAAAAAUUUAUUGUUUUAUUUUUAACUAACAGAUGUUUUGCGUAGUAUUUGGAAAUGUAAUACAAUUGAUAUGUCGUCGUUAUUAUGAGUCAUAAAUAUUUUUUGCGAAUUUUCAAAAACUAAAAAAAAAAAUUAUUUUACAUAAUCCACGAGCUUAGUUUUUCAAUUAUCCAUAAAUGAAUUUAAGUAAUUUUCAUUACUUAGUCAUAAUUAAAUGUGUUUAUAAAAAACAAAGAACAACUGCUUUUUACAUUAAAUUUAAAAACAGAUUACAAUAAGAAACAAUGAAAUGAAAUAAUCAUCUCUUACGCAAAAUAUUGAUGGAGCAAGAACCCUUCCUAAGUUGUUAUUAUGCUGAAAUAAUUUUAAAAAAAUAUGUGUCAAUUUUUAUGCGUUUUAAAGCAAAAUUAAAUUUUUUUUUUUAAUUUUAUGAUUAAUCUGUGCAAGACACUAUCUUAUCAGCUUACUCUCACACUUAUUUUUUUCAAUAAUAUAAGUAGCAUAAUAUAAUUGGCACUGUUAAUAGAAUAUCAUUACAGUUCAUACAAAUAUCAAGUUUUCAAAAAAGGUUAUCAUCUAAUUUAAAAAUAAAAAUAUUGAAUA